GUAGCAUUAUUAUUUUGUUUUAGAAAUGUGUAGAAUUAUUUUGUACGAAAUGUUUAAAAAUGAUUUGUUCUCUUUGUCAUUUAUUGCAUCAUAAGAAACAUAAUUUUAAAGUUCUUUCCACAAUGGCCACCGAAACCAAGGCAGAAUUCCAAACAUUACUAAUUAAAAUAAGCAAAGAUAACAAUAAUUUAAAAUGUCAGAUGCGAACAUUUGAUGAAAAUAUCGAGAAAUUAAUGUCUGAGAAGAAGGAAAUUAAUGACAAAAUUGAUAAAAGUAUCAUUGUAUUACAUAAAGAAAUUGAUAAACGCUCAUGUGAACUAAAAAAAAUACUUGAAACAAAUAUUACAAAUGCAGUUAAUAGUAUUAAUAUAAAUAAAGAGGUUCUUAAUGAUUUUAAAAAAGAAAAUGAAUAUUAUCAUAGUUUAACAAGCUCUGUUAUCAAUCAUAAUAAAACAUUUGAAUACAUUAAACUUUCAAAAAUUUUCACGGAUAAAAUGGCCAUGACUAGUAGCCAAAUCCAAGACAUACCUAAAAAAAUAGCAAAUUGUGAAGCUAAAUUGAUAUACAAUGAUGAACACUCUAUGAAAAAAUGCGUAGAAUCAAUUCAAGGAAUGGAAAAUAUUAUUUCAUCAUCAACUGUUAAUUUAUCGGCAUUCAAAAACAGUGUACUCUAAUGGGGAGUUGUCUGAGCUCUUGAAAAUGAUAUAAGAAUUUAAAAUAUUACAAAAAUAAGUUUUUUUUUAUAAUGUCACAUUCUAUUACUAAUUUAUUAAUUAUUAUUUUAUUUUUGAGCGUAUACUGGUUUUUAAGAUUCAAACUUAAAAGCAUUUUUUUUUUUUUUUUUUUUAAUAUUAUGUAUAAAAUGUUAUGGCGUUGUUUUAUUUAGAAAGCAUGAAUUAGCAUGGUAAUGAUAUUUAACUUUAGCUAUCAGGUUUAUGAUUAUCUAUUUAAGGUUUAUAAUAAAAAGUUCAACAUUGUAUAUUAAGCGCAUGACAUUUAAAUAGUAAAUUUAUUAAAUGGUUUUUAUUUAUCUCCCAAUAUAAGAUUCUAGGUUCCAGUGACUAUACAACUAUAUAACAUUUUAUUUAUUAUUACCAUUUAUCAUGUAUUAUUAUUAUUAGCAAUGGUAAAGAGAGAGUUGUUAUAUUGUAUAUCAUAUAAUAUUGUUACUACUGUUUUGGCCUGGCCCAUUUAAAACAUUAUCUUAAUCAAAGACAUGUUUCCAUGCUUAAAAUAAAAAACAAUCUGGUUUGAA